AUGGUUGACCCGGGAAUAACAGGCAAAGACAAAAGUUCAAGGACGUCUUCUAAUGAAGACUCAGCAUGUCAUGAAGACAUAGGAUUUCGGGAAAAUGGAGAUCAGACCAAAGUAUCGGAAACUCGUUCUUUGGCAUCGUCUCAUCAGGGCGAGAAUUUGACAAAAGAUGUGGUGCCAAGUCAGUGCGAGGCUGAUGCCAUGCGUGCAUUAGAUCACGAAAAGCAAGUACUGUCUGCUAUAAACUCUACAAAUGUGGCGCCUCCGCUUGUCGCGAGGAAUUCCAAUCAUCUUUUCGAGAGUGCAGGUGAGAUUCUAGCAAUCCAUGACUACAGGACGUCUUCAAGUUGCAAAGCUGCACAGCCUCUGAGUUCGAUUAAUUCCCCUUUUCCGGAGUAA